AAUUGAUCAAAUUUGGAUAUCACCAUCAUUAUCACUUACACCAAUCUCAUUCAAAACAAUUGAUAUUACUCCAUUUUACAAUGCUGAUCAUAAAUUAAUUAUAUGUUCAUUUGAGAUAUCUAACUUAACUUCACAACCAACAACACAUUCCAUAAAAACCAAUACAUGUUCACGACAAAUAUUUAAUUAUUCAGCAACUACUUUUGAACAAUGGACAAAGUUUGCAAACAAAAUAGACCUAAUGAUUGAAAAAUCAAAAUUAAAAUUUCUAAUUCAACAGCCCAAAUCUUUGAACAACAUAAAUUCAAUUUGGCAAGAAUUCUCCAAAAUCAUUAUAUCUGCAGCAAAUGAAACCCUCCCUACAAAAAAAGUUUCACCACAUGCUACUCCUCACCGACCAUUAGUCAACACCUCAUUAUUCAAACAACAUCGUAAAAUCACACAUCUCCUUUCUUCAUUACAUUCAUUUAAACAAUCUACUCCAUUGCCAAUAAAAUGGCAUACAACAUUUUGCUCAAUUAAAACCAUUGCUUCCUUACAUAACUACACAUUCCCUAGCUUUAUACUUUUCAACACAGAAGUUCUUGAAAAUAUUAUAAAUUUGACUAAAACUUUUGAACAUUCACUUCGACAAAUCUGUCUCAUAAAAGAACGGGACUUCAUCAACAAACAAAUCACUGAAAAUAUCAAAAAACGUUGUAAUAACAUGAAAGACAACCUCUCAAGUAUGCUCUCAUCAAUUCUUGAAAAACCUUACAGACGUAUUGACCUUAACAAAAUCUUGAUUACUCUACCUGAUGGAUCUCAACAUAUAUCCUCAGAUCCAGACACUGUGAAAUCUCAUACAAGAAUUCACUUCUCAAAUAUUUCUAGCACAGCAAAUAAUCCACCUCCUAAUAACUUAUGGAAUGAGUGGGCUCAUGUCUAUCAACCCCUAAACUACAUCAAACCUGAAUGGUAUGACUCCAUACUAUCACCUAUUACAAAAACUGAAUUAUUAAAUAACAUAUCAGAUCUCCCUUUAAAAAAAGGUGCUGGACCAUCAUCAAUCUCAAAUGAAAUGCUAAAACAUCUGAGUCCAGAUACCAUAGAAAUUUUGCUUUCACUAUUCAACAGAUGCAUAUCCACAUCUCAUAUUCCAUCAGCUUGGAAACAUGCCAAU